AUUGUAAAACAUGUACAGAUGGUGACGGGGACACACAUUUUCCGACGCUUAUAAGAGAUCCUCUCUCUCUCUUAGAUAUACACAGUCCACAAAAUCCCACAUCCCCUUAUCCAUCCAUGUCUAACCACUUAAACAUCUUCUUCCUCCUCCUCAUCCUCUGUGGGCCCACCAAUGGCCGUUUCAUCACCCGCCGUCACUCAUCUUACGAUGUAGUCUCCGAUGGUGGGGUCCUGCAGGUCCACGCCUCACCCUACCUGGCCCUCAACCGCCUCUCUGCGGCGGAUUCCUGCUGCGACCAGGCGUACGGGUUCUUGCCGUGCACCACCUCCGCGCUCGGCAACCUUUUCCUCAUCCUGGUCUACGGCUACUUCAUGUUCCUCGCUGCGACCUACUUGUCGGACGGGAGUGAGCUGCUGUUGGAGAUUCUAGGCCCUGGAAUCGUCGGCGGUCUGUUACUCCCCAUUCUCGGUGCCGCUCCCGAUUCCCUCAUCAUUCUCGGUACGUACGCACCUUCGUUUCAUUACAGCGAUUUUUGCUUCUUUUUCUUUCUGUUUGGUUGCUUAGAAAGUUAUUCGUUUUAACCAGAUGAAGAAAGCCGUACGUAAUCUU